UCACUUCAGUUCAGUUCAGUGUGUGUGGAAGAUGUUGACACGGAGGCUGUUCCUUCAGCUCCGAGACUGAGAAAACCGACGAACUGACGGGGAUACGAGAUCUCAACGUGUCUAAAGAGAGGAAUAAGAUUAGGGUUAAAUAUCAAGCUCAGAUAUCAGGACUGGUCUAUGUGCCACCGGGAUCUUCCACGCACAGUGCGCCGCGGGUUUCAUUCGCUUUCAUUUCAGAUUCACCGGGACGCAUGGGUGGGAAUCUCGGGUGCCACCGGUCCAUCCCAAAGGACCCCACGGACUUCUGUCAGGGCAAGCGCAAGUUCAGCGCGGCAUGCAACUUCAGCAACAUCCUGGUGAACCAGGAGCGGCUGAACAUCAACACCGCCACCGAGGAGGAGCUCAUGACUCUCCCGGGCGUCAACCGCGGGGUGGCUCGCAACAUCGUGGAGUACCGCGAAUGCAUCGGCGGAUUCAAGAAAGUCGAAGACCUGGCGCUGGUCAGCGGGGUCGGUGCCACGAAACUAGAGGCUAUUAAACUAGAGAUCUGCGUGUCGAGCAAGAACAGCUCGUCUAAUCAGUCGCCCUCGUCUCUGCGCAAAGAGCACGAGCACCUGCCGUGCACCGGCGUCAACAUAAACACCGCCACGCCGCCGCAGCUCGUGAGCGUCCGCGGCAUCACCGAGAAACUCGCCAAGAGCAUCGUGGAGUUCCGGUCCGCGCACGGUCCGUUCCGAAGCAUCGAGGACCUGGUCAAAGUGCCCAGCAUCAGCUCGUCCCUGCUGGACCGCAUCCGCUUCCAGGUGUUCGUGGAGCGCUCCAGGACUCCUUCCACCAACACCAACGGAGGCGUCACGCAGCCGAGCCCCGCGUCCUUCAGUGAGGACAGCGAGGAGCCGGACGUCCCGCUCGGGGGACCACCGCUCGUCACCUCUGCGCGCCCCUGCGUGGAGCCUCCGGCGGGCACGCGCGAUGGGAAGCCCGUGGUGCGCGUGGCCACCUGGAACCUGCAGCGCUGCUCCAGCGAGAAGGCCAACAACCCUGGGGUCAGAGAGGUCAUCUGUAUGACCCUCCUAGAAAACGACAUCAAGCUGCUAGCGAUUCAAGACUUGGCCGAUCGUGAGGCUCUAGACAAGGUUUGUGCCGAGCUGAAUCAGCCCACUCUCUGCAGCGUACGCAAGUGGACGAGCGCCAGAGGCCUGUGGAAAUGUGCCGUUUCAGAGAAACCCACCGGACAGUCCAGUAACGAUGCUGAGUACUCGGGUUUCCUGUGGGACAGCUCUUCUGGGAUCCAGUUGAAGGAUGCCACUGUCUUGGAAAAUGCGACGACUAAUGGUAACGGGACGCAUCUACACCCUCAGCCCUACCUGGGACAUUUUUAUAUUGGCUCGUCUGAGCUGACGCUGGUCAAUCUACACCUGACAGCAGCGCCGUCGUCUGCAGAAGACAAGAGAAGAAGUGUGUGUGACCGACUGAGCGCUGCUCUCCAGGACACUCUCAAAGGUGAGAGAGAGCUGCUGGUGCUGGGACACUUUGGCAUGGCUCCCGACAGCCCUGGGAUGGAGUGCCUGAGGAAAGAGAAACUGUGUGCCCUCCUCGCGCCGUCCGUCUUUACUAACAUCAGCACCCGCGCCCCGCAGGGAUCCCUCUGUCUGGACAACAUCUGGACCAGUCGCUCCCUGAAGAAGACGCACACAGGUCACUGCUGGGUGGUGCGCGAGGGCCUGACCAACCCCUGGAUCCCUGAUAACUGGUCGUGGGGCGGGGUGGCGUCUGAACACUGUCCCGUGGUGGCCGAGUUCCUCGUGGACGUCGUGCUGAAGGAGCACCUGUGCCGCGGGAACGGAGUGCCGGUGGUGGAGAGAGGAGACUCCAUGUCCAAACACGAGCGGUGACCUUUGACCUUUGACAUGGACCCCGCGGAAAGGGUCACCCGCGUCUGGACUGACACUACGACUGUGUGAAUGCAGAUGAAGAGAGUGAGAAGUGCACCAUGAUUGCCUUUGUCUUGUCUGUUCAAUGUACAGUAGAGAUUCUAUACAGUUGAUUUUAAUACAGAACAAUAUAAUAAGAGAGAUAUUUAAACACUUAAAGAUUUAUUAAACAUGUACAUACAAUGAAGGUUAAUAAGAAACAAAUUACUAUUGUUUGCCAAAACUUUCUAAGUGAGAACAAUAAAUCAAUAUUUACAACCUGA